CUCUCUCCCAGAGAAGAAGAAAACAGAAAAGAAGGAACAAUAAAAAAAAUAAAAAAAAUCCCUCGAAAAUAAAUUUUCCAUUAAUUUUUUUUUUCUUCCUCCGAAAAAUUAAAUUCAUUCCAUAUAUAGAGCAAGAGAAACCCUACUCACCACUCUAAAUACAAUCGCUCGCAAACCCUAACCCUAUACCUAUUUUUCGAUUUUUUUUCCUAAUUUUUUAAUUUAUUUAAUUAUUUUUUGCAAUGGCGGAUGCGGUAUCGGCACCGGCGGCUCAACCGGUAUCCCCGGCGGCUCAACAGCCACCUGUGGUGGCUCCGGCCCCGACUCCGGCGGGUUUCGGCAACGUGUCGUUGUACGUGGGCGAUCUGGACCCCACUGUCAACGAAGCGCAGCUGAUCGAUCUGUUCGGCCAAGUGGGCGGCGUCGUAUCGGUUAGGGUUUGUAGGGAUCAGAGCCGAAUGCAAUCGCUUGGCUACGCCUACGUCAAUUAUAGCAAUACGCAAGAGGCUGCUAAUGCCCUGGAGAUUUUGAAUUUCGCUCCUAUCAAUGGGAAACCCAUUAGGAUUAUGUAUUCCCAUCGUGAUCCAAGUAUUCGGAAGAGCGGAAGGGCAAAUGUCUUUAUCAAGAACCUGGACAAAUCUAUUGAUAACAAGGCGUUGCUUGACACUUUUGCUUCCUUUGGCACUGUACUUUCUUGCAAGGUUGCAAUUGAUGGCCAUGGUCAAUCGAAAGGGUAUGGUUUUGUACAGUAUGACAAGGACGAAUCUGCACAGCAAGCAAUCAAACGGCUGAAUUCGAUGCUGAUAAAUGGUAAACAGGUGUAUGUUGGACUGUUUCAAAGAGGCCAGGAAAGGAAUCGGCCAAAUGGAUCACCACAUUUCACUAAUGUUUAUGUGAAAAAUUUGUCUGAGACAACUACAGAUGACGACCUCAAGAAACUUUUUGCCGAGCAUGGUAACAUAACUAGUGCAGUUGUUAUGAGGGAUGCUGCUGGAAAGUCUCGAUGUUUUGGUUUUGUUAACUUCGAGAAGCCAGACGCAGCAGCUGCUGCAAUUGAUAAGUUGAAUGGGACCACCUUUAGUGGUGACAAGGUUUUGUUUGUUGGGAGGGCUCAAAGGAAAUCAGAGAGGGAGGCGGAGUUGAGAGCUAAGUUUGAACAGGAAAGACUCAGUAGAUUUGAGAAGCUACAAGGUGCUAACUUAUAUCUGAAAAAUCUUGAUGACACAAUAACUGAUGAAAAACUAAAGGAGCUAUUUUCUGAAUUUGGAACAAUAACAUCAUGCAAGGUCAUGCUUGAUCACCAAGGGACAAGCAAGGGUUCUGGAUUUGUUGCCUUCUCUACUCCAGAGGAAGCCAAUAAAGCUUUGACUGAAAUGAAUGGUAAGAUGCUUGGACGGAAGCCACUGUACGUUGCUGUAGCCCAACGCAAAGAAGAGAGAAAGGCUCGAUUACAGGCACGCUUUGCCCAAAUCCGAGCACCAGGUGGAAUGACACCAUUGCCAUCGGGAAUUCCUGGAUAUCAUCCUGGGGCACCUAGGCUUGCCCCUCAACAACUUUAUUUUGGUCAAGGUACUCCUGGCCUUCUUCCCCCACAGCCUGCAGGUUAUGGCUUCCAGCAGCAGCUCUUGCCUGGUAUGCGCCCAGGUGUUGCUCCAAACUUUAUUAUGCCAUACCACCUUCAGAGGCAAGGUCAACAUGGGCAGCGAAUGGGGGUACGGCGAGGUGGGAACUUUCAACAGGUGCAGCAGCAGCAGCAGCAGCUACUGCACCGUAACUCCAACCAAGGCUUGAGAUACAUGGGUAAUGCACGGAAUGGAGUGGAUCCAUCUGUCGCUCCUCAAGGUCUUGUGGGUCCAGUAAUGCCUUUGCCCUUUGAUGGUUCAGGGAUGCCUGUGACUCCUAAUGAUAGCCAGCGUUCUGGGCCGUUGCCGAUGUCAACACUUGCUUCAGCUUUAGCUUCUGCUACCCCAGAGAAUCAGCGCUUGAUGCUGGGUGAGCAGCUAUAUCCACUUGUUGAGCGUAUUGAGCCGGAACACACUGCUAAGGUGACCGGGAUGUUGCUGGAGAUGGACCAAACGGAGGUUCUCCAUCUUAUUGAGUCUCCGGAUGCCUUAAAGGAUAAGGUAGCUGAGGCAAUGGAUGUCCUUCGUAAAGCUGCAACGAAGUCUGAAGUUGCUGAUCAGCUUAACUCGUUGGAUCUCAACGAGUGAAUCUCUCCUUAUUCAUCACUAAUUUUGCGCACUGGGUCCCUUUUUCGCUGGCCCAAAUGACUUGCCAAUUUUUUUGUGGACAAAAAUGACUUGCCAUUAGUACUGGGAUUUUUAAGACAAGAAUAUUUUGCUACGAUCUGGUUUAUUUUGCCGGGUUUUAUUUUAUGUGGCAACUCAAAUGCCUGAAACUUUUACGUUUUUAACUUUGCAGACCUAAGGUUGCUAGGAUUUUGAUCGGCAUCUUUCAUUUUUUAUGGGCUUAUUAUGACAUUUUUCUAUUUAGGAUUUGAUUUGAGA